GGCGUGGUGCUGGCCGCAGACACGGCCGCUGCCCUGGCCGACCGGCCGGGUGCCAGCGCCGCGCAGCGUCAGGCUGCGGCCAUGGCCAACUUGGCAGUGCGGGAGGAGCGGGCAGCUGCCGCAGCGGCCAGCCACAAUGCCCGCGCUGCACUGAUGGAGGAGCAUGGGGAGCGGGGCACUCGCUGGUUCCAUCGGCAGGCUGACGAGCCAGCAGCCGGCGCGCAGGAGCCCAUCACGCACUUGAAGGUGCCGGGGCAACCGGCGCCUGUGGCGCUCACGGGGCCGGGCACGCGCAACACUGUCUCCGCAGCCGCCGCAGCCAUGUACAGCAGCACCAGCCCCACCGGCCUGUUCCGCGUGCAGCCGGUCUGUACGGCGUCGCAGCAACAGCUUCUGGCGGCCAUUGACCGCAAGGUUCCAGCGGAUCUGCACGCCGCCGCGGAGGGGUCCGGUGACGGCGCCCUCAGUGAUGCCGAGCUGAUGGCAGCGCUGGCUGGCUCCGCCAAUGGUAAAGCACCUGGGUCGGACGGGGUCCCGUACGAGGUGUACAAGGUUUUCUGGGCGCUGCUGGGUCCGCGCUUGUGUGCUGCUGCUGCCGCUGCCUUUGCUGCCGCUGCAGACGCCCACGAUGGCGGCGAAAUGGCGGCGGCGCUGCCUGCCUCCUGGCGGGAGGGCAUCAUCACGCUCAUCUACAAGGGCAAAAGCCUGGACCGCGCCGAGCUGGCGUCGUACCGGCCCAUCACGCUGCUCAACUGCGACUUCAAGAUGGUGUCCAAGGCCGUCAGCGCCCGCCUGCAGCCUGCCCUGGAUGCAGUUGUGGAUGAGCUGCAGACCGCGUUCAUCACCGGCCGCUGGAUUGGAGACAACGCGCUGUACCUCCAAGGCCUGAUCGAAUGGAUGCGCCUGGACGUGGGCGCGGACGGCACGCCACGGCAGGGUGGUGCGCUGUACUUCUUGGACAUUGAAAAGGCGUAUGACCGGGUGCACCGGCAGUGGCUGUAUGCGUCCGCGGAGGGUCUGGGGUUUGGGCCGCGCAUGCUGCGCUGGAUCCGCCUGAUCACUGCCAACGGCUCUGCCCGCGUGUGUGUGAACGGGAUGCUCUCUGACGCCUUCCCAGUGCUGAACGGCUUGCCGCAGGGCAGCACCGCCUCACCACCCCUGUGGGUCAUCCAGAUGCAGCCACUGACGUCCUUUCUGCGGCGGCAGGUGGAGCAAGGGGCACUGCGCACGCCCCUGUUACCCAGCGGCGAGCAGGCGCCACCGGCUGCCCACCACGCUGACGACACGACCCUAACGGCGCGCGACCCGGCGGUGGACGGGCCGGUCCUGAUGGCGGCAGUACAGCUGUUCUGCCGCGCGUCCAACGCCCGUGUCCAUCCGGACAAGAGCAAGGCCAUGGGCCUUGGCAGGUUUGCGCACCUGACGGGCCCUUGCCCACACACGGGGGUGCCGUUUACCACUGGCGCCGUGACGCACCUGGGUGUGCCCCUGUCAUGGGACUCGGAUGCGGCUGCAGCUGACUUGUACACCCGGCGGGCUCGCGGCAUGGCAUUUGUGGCGCGUCUGUGGGCUGCCCUGUCUCUGACUCUCGUUGGCCGUGUGCACAUUGCGAAGCAGGUGCUGGCGGCGAAGCUGGCCUACCACUUCAGCUUCCUCAACCCGUCGCCUGCGCAGCUGAAGGAACUCACCGACCUGGUGGACCACUUUGCUGCGCGCUCCAUGCACGCUGAGGACGCCAGCCUGGUGUCGCAUGGGAACCCGCUCCUGCUGCCCAAGCGGGAAACGGCCUGUCUGCCGUACAAGGACGGGGGUGUCAACCACGUCGACCUGCCUGCGUUCCUGUCUGCCCUGCAACGACGCGCCGGCGCCAGCGGGGCUGCCUGCCCGGCUGGCGGCCGCGGUCGGCCACGUGCGGAGCGCGGGUGUGGAACAGCAUCCGCCGCAGCCAGCCACUCAGCCGCCAGCGGCGCCGCCGCAGUGGCGGGUUAGCCUGGACCAGCUGUGGGUGGCUAACACUGCGGGGGCUGUGUCCUACGUCCAC